AUGUCCAAAUUCUUCCGCAAGAGAUCAACAGACAGCGACACUUCAUCAAGCAGCAGCUCUCCUUCCGGUGAAGAGGAGCACGCCGAAGAGAUCGAUCAGCACGACCUCUCCAUACAGCAAGACCUCAGCGACCUUUCCCUGGAUCCAAUCAACUACGGCCGACCGGUAGCUGUUACUGGAGGGUCCGCUGGUCAAGCCUGGCUACUGCACGCUCUGCUGGAGGAGAGAUGUCGAAACCAAGUGCGAAGCGAGGGACGUUUCAACACCGAAGACGAGAUUCAACGCGAGGGACGGCGAAGGUAUCAGCUCUUAUGUCGGCGGCUUGCUCCAUUCAAUCUGGUGUCAACGGGCUUGGACGUAAGUACGAUGGAAGACGCCUGUACUCUGCGGCUUUACUGACACAUAUCAGCAUGAUCGCUAUAUCAACACCAGACAAGGCAUUCGGGAUCGUCUCGACAGCGUAAAUGUCAACGCUCCUGUUGAUUCGAACGCAUUGCAGUUACAGAACAGGUCUCCACCGGCGACAUCACCUCUUCCGGCGCCUUUAAGAAGGCUUCUCACCAACGGCGGUCCUCCGUCUGCGCCGGCAAGUCCUGCAUCUCUCUUCGACGGUAGCUCGACGCUUGCAGUGACCGAUAGGCCUGCGCGAUAUCUCGCCGAUUUCGAGGAACUCGGACCGCUCGGCAAAGGUGGCUACGGUGAAGUCUUUCGUGUGAGACACAUUCUGGAUCAAAGGAUCUACGCUGUGAAGAAGGUACCAAUCAAACCGGCUCUUCUCGCGAAAAUCCGAAGUGGAGAAGCAAGUUUGGACGAUGCCUUGCGUGAGAUUCGUUGCCUUUCCAAUUUCGAUCAUCCAAAUGUCGUUCGCUACUAUAGCAGCGUAAGUCGUGACAUCUGUAAUGUAAGGAUUUUUGCUGAAUCAGUUGUAGUGGAUCGAAUGGUCGACUAGGACAAGCCUCGUCUCCAACUCGAGCGAACUGGACUCCCCUGUUCCUGCUGGUGGUGCACGAGUCGACAGGAGCGACGCCGUGACUUCGCUAGGUCGCGUACGAACCGAAAGCGACGCUCAUACCGACGACAUGGCAGACAUUGGCUUCGAAAGCCGGUCUCACCUCGACACAUCGGUGGCCUUGGACAGUGUCGAAGAAAGCAGCUUACAGUCGCCGUCUAGUACGAAUGAGGCUCUACUACCGACGUCCACAUUGCCACUGCUAACUCUGCACAUGCAAAUGGAUGUGUACCCGAUGACUCUCGGGGACUUCAUCGACCCAAAGCCAACUGGUACAGAGAUAGCGCCUCUCAGCCACUGUUUCCAUCUGGAGACUUCAAUACGCAUCUUGUUGGCAAUUUUUGAGGGAGUAGAGUACCUGCAUUCCAAGAGUGUAGUGCAUCGAGAUCUCAAACCUGCCAAUAUCUUCCUCAAGCAUGAGGGAAAUCCAAGAGCUGCGCACGGCACGGUCGAUCUGUUUCUGUGCUCAACUUGCAGAAACGAGAACAGAGCGCAGCCGGCGCAGCUGAGUGUGAGGAUUGGUGAGUACAUCUGCUGUUUGUAUCGUGUCUUGUCAAUUGCUAAGAGUCGUGUAGGCGACUUUGGCCUUGUUACCAACAUCGCCCAGACGACCCAAGCCAUACCCUCGCAUGGCGUCGGCACUGAACUGUAUCGUCCCACUGCGACCACGUCGAAUGUUACUCCGAGGCUGGAUAUCUUCGCCGUGGGGAUCAUUGCUUGCGAGCUGCUCUGCAAAUUCGGCACGCAGAGCGAGAGGAGGCAAAAGCUGGACGGGCUGAGAAGAGGCCGCUUUCCGGAAUUUGUGGGCUGUCCAAGUCAUCAAUCGGCGAAGUUACAGGAAGUCAUCAAGACUAUGCUAACGGAUGAGGUGGUUACGAUCGCCGAGUUGAAAGGAAGACUAGGGGAAUUGCUAGAGCAAUCAGGUUUGCAUGCCAGUGCCGUUCUAGGAAGGGUGAGCACCUAA